GGUCAAGACGGUUGUUUCAAGUUUUGGUACUUUUCCACAUUACAUUAUACAUUUCUGUGUACAAGGAUUUUGACAUUCUACAGGACAAUAGGGUUCAAGAUCCUUAUAAGUAGCAAUCAUACUAAAAUUUAGCUAGUUUUAUAUUCCAAUCAUGUCUAAAUUAACAAAAUCUACAAACAAGUCCAACCUGGAAACAGCUCGAAGAUCAGAGCGUCUAAAAACCAAGGUUCUAUUCCCAUCCAAUGUUUCACCGCAGAAAUCUAUAAUAAUGAAGCCGGUUCCACUUCCUUUAGUAAAAUUGGAAGUAAAAUCGGAACCUACGGACGAAGAAUCAACUAGCUUUUGUUGCAGCCCAGUUGCAAAACCUGGUACAUCAGAAGGUCCCUUCAUCACUACGAUGAAUUGUUACCUUUGUCCUGCACUGCUAGUAUAUAAUGAAGCAACCGGUGUAGCAUAUCACUUGGGAGAUAACGGCUGUAUCUUUGCCUCUCCUACAAAUUUUACGGAAGAAGAGUGCAAAACCUCGAAUACAACGGAAAAUGCUCCUAUUGAGAAGAUUGAGCCGUUAAUCAGUUCAUAUUCCCCCGCUAAACUAACCAGUAAAAAAAUAAAUGCUGCAACAAGAAAGCCAAAGAUCAAUUUAGGAGACAAGAAAAGGCGAGCAUCAGCAUCACCUUCAAGAGAGUCGGAGAAUCGUCAAACUGAGAAAAUUCCACGAGUAGACGGCCCGACUAAUGAUGGCUCGUGUCUUCUUCGUCCUGUGAAACUUUGUUUCACAACCACCAACCGGACGUCUUCUAACCCCCCGAAAAAAUGCAAACUUCUUCACCCGUGGACUUGUAGAGUAUGCCAAACAUUAUAUUGGAAACAGAGGGAUUAUAUGUAUCAUUCAUGCGGGUCUGUACCGAAAGUGGUGAUUAAGCGUCCUUUGGAUGAAGUAUCCCAAAAGUGGACCAAGAGAUGAUAAGCAUACUUUAUAGUAACUGUGAUAUCGAGAAUUGACGUAAUUAUGACUGUGAUGCACCUAAUUUUACACAAUUAUUAUGAUAAUGCAAUGCAACAUUGUUUAAAAAGAGAUGGACAAUUUUAUUUUUUCACAUUUAAUAAUUUUUAAUCAUCGAUUUAAAUU